AUGAGAGGACUGGCCUCGGCGGUUCUUUUAUCUUUCUCUCUCUGUCUAACAAAUGCCCUGGUUGCACAACCUCAAGCUCCUGAGCCAACAGUACCGCCACGAAUGCAACAGAUCGAACACAUCUACGAGCGAGCAGAUGGCACUAUCACCGAAACCCUUAAUGUCAUCGUCGCCGCGAACAACACUUGCGGUUUCUAUACCCCCGACACUGAUACAUAUCUCACAUGUUUUUCGGACUACAAUUGCCUAUAUGAGACGGAGAAGUACAAUGUUGCCGUUUGCCCUAAAUCUGGAUUUCACACAGCUUGUAUGAACAGUGAAGAAUCUGGGAACACAUCCAAAUGUGACGACCACUGCAGAACAAACACCAACAUCCGGAAGUGCAUGAAACAAUAUUUUUGCCAUGAAUCAUCAGCCUAUCGUAAUGCCGCGUUUAUGACUGGGCUCGACGACCUGCGAGAAACAACCUUGGAGGUUAGUUUCUUCCCAGUCGUUACGACCGCAUCAAGCACAGAGACUUCGGACGAAGAAACCUCGUCGAGACCAACUACGACUGCGACUACGACCGCGACUACCACGGAUGAACCCCCGCCUCCUUCCUCCGAGGGAAGCAAAAGCAACGCCGGUGCCAUUGCAGGUGGAGUUGUUGGUGGAGUUGCUGGACUCGCCGCUUUGGGGCUUGUCAUGUUCUUCCUUCGUCGUCGAAACAACAAGAAGAAAGAACAGCAGACACCAGUAGCGAUGGCCGACCAGAGCUCACUCCAACCUCAAAUGCCUCAGGGAAUGACGCCCGAGCAAUAUCAAAGAUGGAGCACAACAUCACAUUCUCCCCAAGCCUGGAAACCAACCGACUCUCCUUCAGUUGCCCCAAAUCAAUCACCCCAAUUUUUGGUGGAGGCUCCUAAUGACAGUGCAACGCAGGUGCAUGAGAUGGAUGGUGGUGGGAGAUAA